AUGCACGUCUCCUCGAUCCGCACCGCUCUGGCGAACGUGUUCCAAAUCCCCCUACGACUCUCGCCGUUGCGCAAUGCCCUGCCAGCCAUCUCAUCCGCGACUACCAAAACCUCAUCCUCCCAUUUUUCAACCAGCCCGAUUCUCGCGAAGAAGAAGAAAGGCGGCAAGCCUGAGAAAAGAAUCACUCUGAUUCGAUAUUUUCUUCAUCACCCGACGACCCUGACGCCGCGACCGCUCCGGUUUUCGCGUAACCGAUACCUACGACACUGGACGAUCCAUCGUGCCUGGAACCUGUACCAGGCAAAACUCAAGCAGGCGCGCCAAUUGGAGCUGGAGAGGCAAUACAACGCAAUGAACGCAGCGAAUGAGGAGCUGCGCAUCGGCGUGGGCGAUGGCGGCAGAUUAUUCCGCAAGGCACAGAUGAAGACGGGUAUUUGGAGUAUACCCGAACGAGGAGGUGGUGUACCCAUUGAGUAUGCUAGGGGCUUGGUGGAGUGGAUGGGCAGUACGGGCGGGUUAGGGAGUGGAGGGACAGGGCUAGGCGCAAAGGCAAAGAUUUGGGAUUAUGGGUGGAAAAGAUGA